CAAAACCAGUCGGUGGUGUAUUUGAUUUUGUCUCGGGUAUGAUGAGUUCCAUUAGUGAAGUUGCACGUCCAUCAAAUUUAUCUCGUCCAAAACGUUGUAGACCACGUCGUGCUGGUUUAUCGAAAUAUUUUCUUCGACCAUUAAUUGUAUAUAAUUUAGAUGAAUCUAUAGCACAAUUACAAAUUUAUCAAUUGACCUUAUUCACUGGAACACGUCGUGCUACGUUGAAAAAUUAUUAUUCUACAUCUGCAUCCGCAUCUGCAUCAUCGUUAUCAUCAACACCAGCAUAUUUUGAAAUUGGUGAAGAAAUUCCAAUGGAGAAUUAUCAGUUAACUGAUAUCAGUUUCACAUCUUCAUUUAGUCGAAUGUUAUGCAUUUACACCUUAUUACCAUGUAAUAACAGUAAUACUACUAAUAAUAUUAAUAGUAGUAUUAGUAGUAGUGAUAAUCAUAAUCAUAAUCAUUCUUCUGAAUCUUUAACAAUAUUACCUCAACAUCUACGUUAUUUACUGAAUUCACCUGAAACCGUAUUACAUAUUCUACCAAUACAAUUAAAUGGUAUAGUGAUAUUAAUCACAGAUCAAAUUAUUUGGUGUUUACGUGAUCCUACAUUACAUAAUUGGAUUACAUCAAAAAUUCCUAUUGAUAAGAAUACUCCUAAACAUAACAAUGAUAUCAGUCUAAAGUUUUUGUUAUGA